UCAAUGUUUUGGGCGCCGUGGAUUGGCUGCCGGUGCCCUUCGCCCCGAGAUGGCGGCGCCAAGUUUGCGGCCCCGUCAACUGCGCUUCGUCGGCGACGGCGAUGUGUUGGGGCACGUCUCGGAGAGGGCGCCGGGCACUAAACUGCAGAACAAUGUGCCCCAGAUAUUUGUAAGGGCGAAGGUGGCUUCCAGUCAGUGGACGGAGACACAAGCAGAUGGGGAGAGUACAGAGAGAUUCAAUGAACAGGACUACAUUGAGGCCCUGGGAGCAGACAGCACAGACUACCCAGGAAACUCAAGUGAUGCGGUGCCUGCAGCAGGUUGUGAUGUCUUUACUUUUCAAAGCAUCAAAAGAGGAAACAAGAUGGCAAAGAAGGCCUCCGAACUUGCUCUCACCCCUGGGAAAAGUGUAGCGUUCUGUGUGGUCAACAGCCUAUUAACUGUGGAUAAAAGUGGGAAGAGCGGACAAUCAAUCCAGACCAAGACCCCCUCAAAGAGUAAGAGGCAGUUUGUGUCCACCACCCCCUACAGGCUGAGGAAAAGGCUGAUCGAAUCACCUGGCCUCAGCAGUGAAAGUGAUUACUCAUCUUCUGACUCUGAGGAGGGAGAGGAUAACUCCUCAGGAGGAGAUACCAGUCCCAGGCCUGUGCAUGAAACAGCGACAUCAGACCUAGCUCCAACUCCCGGCAAGAAAACCUCAAAACCUUCCCAGCCAAGUGUUGUUGAGCUGUACUUUGAAGCUCACAGCAGUUCAAAAGUCCUGACCUCUGACCGGACCUUACAGAAGCUGCAGACCCCAAAACUGGAUCAGGAGACCUUGGUGAGAUUGCUGAGAGAUGACAAUUUGCCUUUCUCAGCUGAGGUCAGGCAGCUGAACAACGGACACAAAAACUUCUUUCGCAAAUGGAUGCUGCAAACACAAUUGGGGUUCAGCAUUCUAUUGUAUGGACUCGGCUCCAAGAGGGAAUUGCUGGAAGAGUUCCGCUGUCAGAUGCUGGAGGGCACUGUCCACUUGGUGGUGAAUGGAUUCUUCCCAAGUAUCACUCUUAAAUCUAUUCUGAACUCUAUCACAGAAGAGAUUUUGCAAUAUGAUGGAAGCUUCCGAAACCCCAUGGACCAACUAGGGUUCAUUAUUAGGGCAUUUAAUGAGGAUCCCACAUUGGAUCUUUAUCUUCUGAUCCAUAACAUCGAUGGGCAGAUGUUACGCGGGGACCGGAACCAGCAGAUAUUAAGCCAACUUGCUGCCAUCCCUGGCGUCCACCUCCUUGCUUCCAUUGAUCACCUGAAUGCUCCUUUGAUGUGGGAUCAGACACGGAGCGCUCUCUUUAAUUGGCUGUGGUACGAAGUGACGACCUUCAAGCCCUACACAGAGGAGACCUCGUAUGAAAACUCGCUACUGGUUCAACAAUCCGGAGCCUUGGCUUUGAGCUCGUUGACUCACGUACUGCGCAGCCUCACUCCCAAUGCUAGGGGAAUAUUUAAGCUUUUGGCUCGGUUCCAGUUGGAGAACAAGGAUAACUCGUCUCACCCAGGUUUGUCCUUUCAGGAUUUUUACCAUCGAUGUCGCGAGGCCUUCUUGGUGAAUAGCAAUCUCACUCUGCGCGCACAGCUUACAGAAUUCAGAGAUCAUAAACUGAUCAGGAGUAAAAAGGGUGCUGAUGGUAUUGAAUAUCUUGUCAUCCCUGUUGACUUUGCAACACUGAGUGACUACCUUGAAAUGGAGGAUAAGGAGACCUAGAUUGAAGAGGGACAUUCCACAGGAUCUAUGGUUACAGGAAAACAUUGGGCAUCAGUCACUCAAACAGGUUCAGCACUUCCUGUUUGCUGUGAAGGAUUGUAUGAAAGUGUCUUGCAUCCCCAGAUAUGAUGGUCCAUCCAUUUAUCCAAGAGUUGUGAACUUUUUCAACAAGUACUUUCUGUGGGUGGUUCUAUGGGUGUCUGUUGGGUGAGGAGCUCCCUGCAGCCUCCUGUACUUAAGAUGCCAUUCUUCACCUUCCUGUUGAUGGCACUGCUGUUCUUCUCAGAAUUUUGUAAAAAAAAAUUCUAUUAAAAAUUUCUGACUGUGCACUA